CCCCCCGGCUACAAAUCAGCUUCGGUACAAUGGACUCGACCAGCUCCUCACUGCCUGCGGGUGCGGCGCCCCUGGCGGCCGAGUCGCCGGCCGGGGUUGCGGCCCCCGCGAACCCGCCCCCGACCGGCGUCAACCCCUAUGCGACUCCCUCCCCCUCCAACCAAGCGGCUGGUGCUCCCGGUGGUGCAUCCGAUACCAUGGGCACUCCGGCCUCGCCCGCUACUGCGGCUCCUCACGAUAAGACGGCUCUCGGGGACGGUGACUUCCCGAUGGGCGAGAUGUCGUCCCAGGCGGCCGACGCCCCCCCGGCCGCUGGCUCGCCGCCUGUCUACCCCCCUGGCGGCAUGAGCUAUCCCCCCUCGGGACCGGGUUAUCCCGCUGCUGGGCCGGGCCACCCCGGUGCGGGUCCGGGCUACCCCGCUGCUGGGCCGGGCCAUCCCGGUGCGGGUCCGGGCUACCCCGGUGCUGGGCCGGGCUAUCCGCCGGCCGGGCCUCCGGCAGCCGGCCCGGGAUACCCUCCGGCCGGCCCGCCCCCGGGCAUGGUGUAUCCCCCGGCUGGACAGCCCCCGGGCAUGGUUUACCCCCCGGGCACACCGGCUUCCGAGCACCCUUCGCAUGUGACCACCAACAUCUGGGCCGGAAGCACCACGUCCGCGGGCAUGUACCACAACAAGGGAUCCAUUCCCGUUUGGGACGCCACGACCAUCGAGUACACCGACCAUGCCAGCUAUCUGUCCUACUAUGAUGAGCCCAAGCCCCUGCCUUACGUGCUCACCGGGUCGAGGCGUCACGGGCCGAUCGUCGCGAUGGCCUCUUCGCUGUUUUUCGCCGUGCUCUUCAUCAUCGUUGGAGCGGCAAUUGGCCCGGCGACCUACUUCCUGAUUGGCGCCGGUGUGGCCAUGCUCUUCCUCGGGGGCAUUUACACCCUGUUCAUCUACCUCAUGCAUGCUCGGGCCCGGCGGAUGCAUCAAGAACGUCUGGUGGAGGAUACCAACAUCGCGUUGACCAUUCGCGCAGGCGGGGUCCCCCCAAUGCCGGCCUUCCUUACGUGCAAGUUUUGCACCCUGACUCGUGUGAGCCGCCGCAUUCACCACGCGGUUUGCAUUCGCCCCGCGCACAUUCCUCUGCCGCCCAUCUACGCCUGCAUUGGCCGCCUGGGAUUCGAGUACCAGCCGAUGAUGCGCUUGCUCAUGCGCAAGGAGCAGGGCUUCUAAGGUGCCCAGCGGGUUGCUUCCCUGCUUGGCCCCCCCGGGUCGUGGGUUUGAACAUGUACCGUCCGGCUGCGCGGGGUCUUGGCCGCGGUGGUGGAGCCACCUGGUCAGGCCCCUCCCCGGCUAGUGGCACCCUUGCCUCCUUGCCUGGGCAUGUCGGGGGCGAGGCACUGCGAUGUGCCCUGCUCUCUUGGCGCUUUCGUGCGCACGUCGCAUGGCUCCCAUGCAACAGUGGGAAAUACAAGAUGGGAACAAGCAGA